AUGAAUAUAGUCGAUGGCACACAAGUGAACACAUUUCUAGGCAUACCCUACGCCCAGCCACCGGUCGGGCCCUUACGCUUCAGGAAGCCGUUGCCUAUAGAGGAGCCCAAGAAGAUAGUGGACGCCACUGAAUGGCGUCCGGCCUGCUAUCAAAACGAUCUCUUCAAGGAGAUCCUCAUCAACAAGAGCGCCAGUGAGGACUGUCUGUUCCUCAACAUAUGGGCGCCGAAGAACGACAGCGAACGCAACUACGAAGACGAGCCCUUACGGCCGGUGCUCUUCUGGAUCCACGGCGGCGCCUACAUCUCCGACUCGGCCAGUCGUGACAUAUAUAACAGCGAGUGGUUGGCCGCCAAGUCUGACGCCGUUGUCGUGACAAUCAAUUAUCGAUUGGAUAUCUUUGGCUUUCUGUAUACGGGAACAGAUGAGGCGCCGGGUAAUGUCGGGCUCUGGGAUCAGGCGCUGGCACUGGAGUGGGUGAUCGAUAAUAUCGCAUACUUUGGCGGCGAUCCUAAGAAGAUCACACUCGUUGGCGAAAACGCCGGCGCUUUCUCUAUUGGCGUCCAUCUAUUGUCUCCCAUCAGUAGAAAUCUCUAUCAAAACGCUAUUCUCAUCUCCGGUUCGGCUCUUAAUUACAUAAUCGGAGAGAAUCCUGAAGUGGCGAAAGAGAAGUGGCUGUUGGCGGCCAAAGAGAUUGCUUGCGGUAAUGGCACUGAAUUUGAUGCCGAAACCAUGGAAUGCCUUCGCGGUAGAGAAGCCUCAGAGUUAGGCAAAACUCUUCUCAAAUUGUCUCAAAAGGCAAAAGUCGAGAGAAGAAACUUCGACGAAAUCACACCACAAGUGAUAUUUGGCGACACUUUUCUGCCGGAAGAGCCGCUGAAGAUGAUAGCCGACGGCAAUCACAAGCGAAGUGUCAAUGUGUUGAUCGGACACACGGACGACGAGGGCGGGUAUAUGUUGCCGAUGGUUGACAUGGAGAAGUACUCCAUCACUAAUCCCAAACACAUCACUAAAGGCGAGGCGUUUGACGACUUGAAGAAACUGACGAAACAGUUGAUCACCAAAACGCCAAUCGAUGGCGAGAAUGUGGCCAAGACUUACAUUGGUCCGAUAUCAUCGAGUGAGACCACAAUACUCAGGCGUACACUUGGAGUAGCUUUGGGUGACUUUUACAUCACAUGUCCGACCAUUUUGUUCGGGAAACUACUUUUCGCCAGCGAUUCCAGUAAAGUCAAUGUCUAUCACUACUACUGGACCCGCAAAGUGAGUGAAAGAGCCGUUCCCUGCGCUGAUUGGAUGGGCAGUUGUCACGGGACAGACACUUAUAUGCUGUUCGGGGAUCCGUUUGUCCACAAAGACGUUUAUACCGAUGAGGACAGGGAGGCGUCCGUCAAUUUCAUGAAAACGUUUUCCCAUUUCGCAAAAUAUGGUCGACCUCUCAAUCAAUGGGACAAAGAGUGGCCGAAGUAUUACAUGAAGGACGAGGAGGUGAUUGCACCCUAUUAUGAGUUUACUAAUAAAAAUGUUCAGAAAAAGAAAGUUUACGCCAAAAAUCUGAAGACAAAACAUUGCGAAAAACUGUGGAAAAAGUAUAUUCUUUGA